AUGGCAGCUGGUGAGAGCACAUCGGACGAAAAGCUAGCCGGGCCGGCCGCCAUGGCCGGAGCACUAGCUUCCCCGUUUCCUCCUCCCGAGGACUCCGGCCUGCCGGAGAACCAAGACCGGAACCAAGACCACCCCACAACCAAGGAACACCAUGUAAUCUCCGAAAGCAGCGAAGAUGACGACGAACACGACAACAUCAGUGAAGCCCCCGACGACAACCACCCCCACAACAACCAAGAAAAAAACCCAAACCCAACAAGUCACGGGCCAGCCCUAGAAAAAUCCCCCAGCACACGUCCCCAAAGCCGCCGGGGGUUGUUCGGCGGUAUCACGCUGAUUCCGGAGGUGGAGCGGCCGUAUGAGUAUAAGACGAGUACGAAGUGGGUGAUUACGGCUAUUGUGGCGCUGGCUGCGGCGGGGGCGCCGAUGGGGUCGAGUAUUUUUUUGCCUGCGUUGCCUGGGCUAUCUAAGGAUCUGGGGGCGACUGAGACGGUUACGAAUUUGACUAUUUCGUUUUAUAUGCUGGCCAUGUCCAUCUUUCCGCUAUGGUGGUCCUCCUUCUCGGAAACCCUCGGCCGCCGCACCAUCUACAUCAUCUCCUUCUCGCUCUUCCUCAUCUUCUCCGUCCUCACCGCCGUCAGUGUCAACGUAUCCAUGCUACUAGUCCUGCGCAUCCUCGGCGGCGGUGCUUCCGCCUCAGUCCAAGCUGUCGGUGCGGGAACCAUCGCCGACAUCUGGGAGCCCGCCGAGCGCGGCCGCGCCAUGGGGAUUUUCUACCUCGGUCCCCUCGUCGGCCCGCUCUGCGCGCCCAUCAUCGGUGGCGCUCUGGCCCAGGGCUUCGGCUGGCGCGCGACGAUGUGGUUUUUGGCUAUCUUUGGCGGGGUGAUGCUGCUGAUGCUGCUGUUCUGUCUCCCCGAGACUCUUCCCCGACCACCCCCUCCUCCUCCAACAACCGACCCCAAACCCACGACCGACAACCGCGCCUCCCCCGUAGCCGCCCACCGAACCCGCCUCACAGCCUCCACCCUCAAACGCCUCCUCCUCGACCCCCUCACCGUGAUCCUCCACCUCCGCCAACCCCCCGUCUUCAUAACAGUCUACUCCGCCUCCAUCGCCUUCUUCUCCCUCUUCGUCCUCAACAUCUCCAUCCAAUCCACCUUCUCCUCCCCUCCCUACUCCUUCGCUCCCAUCCCCUUGGGAGCCUGCUACCUCGCCCCGUCCCUGGGGUAUUUCAUCGCUUCUGCCUUCGGCGGCCGCUGGAUCGAUUACAUCAUGGCGCGCGAGGCACGCCGCGCAGCACGGUAUGAUGCCCAGGGGCGGUUGGUGUAUUUACCGGAGGAUAGGGCGAGGGAGAAUAUGUGGUUAGCGGUGGUUCUGUACCCAGGGGCGAUGAUAUGGUAUGGGUGGACGGCGGAAAGGGGGGUGCAUUUUAUGGUGCCGUGUGUGGCGAAUUUCUUUUUUGGGUUGGGGAGUAUGUUGGUGUUUGGGGUGACGACGACGAUGUUGACGGAGUUUAUGCCGAGAAGGAGUAGUAGUGGGGUGGCGGUGAAUAAUUUUGUGAGGAAUAUUUUUUCGUGUGUGGGGAGUGUCAUUGCGCAGCCGUUGAUGGUGGCUAUGGGGAAUGGGUGGUUGUUUACGAUGGUUGGGGGGUUGGCGUUGGUUACCGGGGUCGCGGCGGUGUGGGCGUUGAGGAGGUAUGGGGCGCGGUGGAGGGAGGAGAUGGAUCGGUUGAGUAAGAGUUAG